UCUUCAGCAAAAUGAUUGCUUUCGUCGUCUUCUUCUUCUUCAUCUUCAUCUUCAGCACCACGCAAUCAGCCGCCUCUGUAUUCAACGAUUUCAACUGCACAACCAAUAUCACCUUCACUCCUAACGGCACCUUCCAAAGCAACCUCGCCACCCUCCUCUCCUCUCUCUCCUCCAACGCCACCGGCGGCAUCAGAUUCUACAACACCACCGUCGGCGGCCGCGGCGGAGCAAACACCGUAUACGGCCUCUUCGUGUGCCGCGGCGAUGUGCCGUAUCCAUUGUGCAGCGAGUGCGUUAACUUCGCCACCCAGAGGAUAAGCUCAUCGUGUCCUUCAGCGAAAGAAGCCAUUAUUUGGUACAACGAGUGCUUGCUGCGAUAUUCUUCCAGGUCUAUCUUCUCUUCCAUGGAAGAAUGGCCAAGAUAUCAAGUCAAGAUUCCGUUAGGCGACCCUGGGCUUUUACGAACUCGGCGUUUCUACGAUACUUUGGGAUCUAUUUUGAACGAUCUGAUAGAUGGAGCAGCUCAGGCUCUUGGGAAAUCUGAUUCAAAGUUCGGUGUUCAGCAAGGUGACGCAUCUGGAAACACAACGCUGUACGGCCUGGCUCAGUGCACGCCGGACUUAGCCACCGGCGACUGCAAGCGGUGUGUCAGGGAUGCCAUAGCGGAGAUUACGACGUCGUGUUGCAGUGGCAGCAUCGGACAAAGUGUGAUGUUCCCCAGUUGCAUUAUUCGCUAUGAAACAUAUCCAUUUUAUCAGCAUGCCGGAACGUCGACACUCACGCCGGUGGCGGCGGCUAACGGAAAAAGCAAUAAAUUGCGGACACAAAUUAUUGCAAUUAUUGUCCCCUCCAUUAUUGUUCUAGUGGCGAUUCUCGUUUUUUGCUUCUACAUGGCGCCUAGAAGAAAUUCAAAUUCAAAGAAGAAAUCACAAAAAGCCACUGAUCUCUCAGAAAAUUUUGGGGUUGAAAUUAUUACCACAAUGGAUUCGUUGCAAAUUGACAUAGCUACAAUUAAAGUGGCUACGGACAAUUUUUCUGAAAAAAGCAGGAUUGGCAAAGGUGGAUUUGGAGAAGUUUAUAAGGGGGUUCUUCCUAAUGGACAAGAGAUAGCUGUGAAGCGAUUGUCAAGAACUUCAUCGCAGGGAGUUGAAGAAUUCAAAAAUGAGGUUUUGCUGAUAGCUAAACUUCAACACAGAAAUUUAGUAAGGUUACUGGGAUUCUGCCUUGAAGAUGAUGAGAAGAUACUUAUCUAUGAAUAUGUGCCUAACAAAAGCCUUAACCAUUUCCUAUUUGAUCCUUUGAAGCAAAGGGAAUUAACUUGGCCUGAACGUUUUAAGAUUAUAAAAGGAAUUGCUCGAGGAAUCCUAUAUUUACAUGAAGACUCUCGUCUUAAGGUCAUACAUCGUGAUCUUAAACCAAGUAAUGUUUUGUUAGAUAGUAACUUGAGUCCAAAAAUCUCAGAUUUUGGUAUGGCAAGACUAAUAACACUAGACCAAGUUGAAGGAAGCACAAACAGGAUUGUUGGAACAUAUGGCUAUAUAUCUCCAGAAUAUGCAAUGCACGGAUAUUUUUCUAUAAAAUCCGAUGUCUUUAGUUUUGGAGUGAUGAUGCUCGAGAUUAUCAGUGGAAGAAAGAAUUCAUAUUCUUAUGAAUCAUGUCGCAUUGAUGAUCUCUUGAGCAAUGCUUGGAGAAAAUGGAGGGAUGAAUCAAUAGAGGAAUUGAUGGAUCCAGCAGUGAGAGAAUCAUAUUCUCAACAAGAAGUGUUUAGGUGCAUCCAGAUUGGUUUAUUGUGCGUUCAAGAAAAUCCAGAUGAUAGGCCUACAAUGGGAAACGUUGCUUCAUAUCUUAGCAACAUUACAGUUGAAUUGCCAUAUCCUCUGGAACCUGCGUUUUUCAUGCAAGGUAGAAGAAGAAGAAACCAUAUGCAUGAUCCCAAUUCUGAUCACUCCACCAAUUACUCUGUCUCCUCAACCAUUAAUGAGAUGUCCAUCAGCAAAUUUUUCCCUCGCUAAUGAUUAUUAAUUACGUAUAUGUGAAAAAAAUUGUAACUAUACAAUAUUCAAAUUCUAGAUUGUUUUGUUGCUCUAUAGUUUUUAUUUUUAUUUGAAAGGAUAAGCACUAACAAUUUGAAGUUAUAAACGGGAUCAAACCCAUAACUUCUUACAUAUAGAAUAGAUUUUAUGCCACUAAGUUACAACGACAUUGGCAGGUUGCUCUGUAGUAUUAUAUUGAUGGUAUGUUGGAGGCACAACCCAAAUCUCUUGGGUCUGUACGUAGUGCAUAAAUUGUAAUUUGAUGUGUUUAACAUUGGUUCAUUUAUUUUUGACA